AUGGAAACGCGCAGUACGCCUCUCGAAAAUCGACCGCGACUUCCCCGCAUAGCCCUAAGCAAGCGGAAUCGGGCUGUCGUGAGGGCUCUGAACCCAAUGCUGGUGACCUAUUUGGAAGCCAGCCGGGACCUUUGCGAGACGGACUCAAUUCUCUUUGGCGCCGCACUGGCAGUCUGCCGUAUUAUAGGCGCCAAACUUUCCACGGCUGGACGCAUUACUGGACAAAGUAGUGCUAUCCCAGCCUGGAGAACAAGAAUUGAAGAACGUAUCGAAAAGACUAGGGCCCUCAUCGGCAGACUGAUAUGCUUCAGGUCAGGCAAUACCAGGCCAAGGAUUGUGCGCACCGUCAGGAUGGCGUUUGCUGGGACAAAUGUUAGUUUGUCCCAGCCGGAUAUAAUGCAAAAACUGACGGAGCGCAUAGACGACCUGAAGCAGAGAAUCGCUGCUUGGGGAAAGCGAAUUCGGCGAUAUACCGAGAGGUCGACACGGUUCAACCAGAAUCGUCUCUUCCAGAGUGAUCAGAAGAGGCUCUAUAAAUCAUUGGAGCGACCAAUGGUAAGUGGAACGGGCCCAGUACCGAAUCAGGCCGACACGGUCGCGUUCUGGCGCAGCCUGUGGUCAGAGCCCGUUAACCACAACGAGGGCCCUUGGACGGAAGUUGUGGCGAGUCAGUGUGCGGGUAUUACGCCCAUGGACCCCGUCAUCAUAACACCGGAUGACGUAGCUGAGGCGGUCCGUAGGGCCCCGAACUGGAAAAGUCCGGGACUCGACGGGCUGCAUCACUACUGGCGGAAGGGGUUCGUGAGUCAGCAAACAAGCAGUGGACAAGCCACGAAGAAACUUGCUAAUUGGCAAUGGGCUGAACAGAUGUCAUUCGUAGAUUCAUCCACAAACUUGAGACAAACUGAAAGUACACUGGAUACCAGUACUAUAUCUAUAAAGAAUGAUUAUGAAAAUUCUACAGAAGCCGAACAGGUUUCAAAUAAUGAACAAAACGAGGUCGUCGUUCAAGAACUGGAGACAGCACGGUCUACAGCUGAAACUACAGCUGAAACUGCAACUGAAGUAUCCCGGAGAAGACGACGCCGUGUAAGCAACGACGAUCCUACUGAGAAGAUUAUAAAUUAUUUAAAGACUCGAAAAUCGGGUAUUACGGACAGAAACUCUACAGAAAAUCUUGUCAAAAUACCGUGUGAUCGAAUGGACAUGGAAUUUUUAGGUUAUGCCCAUACUGUAAAGAAAUUUUCUCUACGAAAGCAAGCUAUUAUUAAACUUCAAAUAACACAAAUUAUAGCUGAGGCUCAACUUGAAGAUAUGAAUAAUAUCCGGCAAAAUUCUAAUUUCAGCAAUUCUUCAUCCUCUAUUACUCCCAAUUUUUACUACGUCGAUAACGACUGGAACAUUUCAAGAUCGACACCAUCUGAAGAACUGCAAACACAUUCCAUCCCAGACACUCAAAACGUUUCAACUGCACAGAUGCAAUUGAGAAAUCAGCGGAAAUUUCAUUUUGAAAAUCUGGGCAAAAAUCCGUCAACUGAAUCUAAUGCAUUACAUUCGUCUACGACUAUUGUAGAAACUCACGUUCUGUCCGGUAUGGCAGUUGAUGAGGAGACUUAG